CCAAAAUUUAGGGGGGGAGGAAUUUGGAAAGGGCAAAAAGAAAAGGAAAUAAGGGGAGAAGACAAGGAACCAUAUUUUGGAAGCGAAACUGAGUAUUGGAGAGUCUAUAGCGCUACUGAGUGAAAACAACUAAACAAGAAGAAGGAAUUUAGAGAAAAAAAAAAAAAAAACGAAGAAUAGAAGACGGGCUGACGCCUGACGGGGGUUUAUUUUGCACAAUCUUCCAUCUUCCAUCUUCAUCUUCCAUCUUCAUCUUCAUCUUCAUCUUCAUCUUCCGCAUCUUCCGCCUCCUCUUGGAAUAGAAAAAGGUACACCGGCAGCGGUGGUCGGCAGUGACAGUCCUCGUCAGAAGUGUAUAUCAUUGGAUCUCGCGAUGGCUUCCACUGGAAAUCCAAAUCAACAACAUCAACAACAGCAGCAACAACAAGGUUUCGAUAUGAAUAAAUUGUUUAAACCCGCAAAUUUAGCAUCACCUCCAUUACCUCAAGCAGUACAAAACCCUAACAAUUUAGGUCCAACUCCGUCUGCCUCGUAUCCUCCUCCAACCGCUGGACCCUACUCUUUCCCCUCGCAGGCUCAGGCACAACAAAACCCUCCCCCUCCUUACUACCAUCAUAUGCCUCCUUUCCCCACUCAAGAUCAGCUCCACCAGCAGAGGUCUGUCUCUUUCCCUACACCGCCUCUACAGCCCGUUCCUAGUGCCCCUCCUCAGAACCCUAGCCCCGGUGCCCGUCUUAUGGCUUUGCUUAGCACUCCACCUCCUGAUUUUAAUUACUCUCCCCAUAACCCUACUCCUCUCCCUCUUCCUCACCCUUCUUCGUCCACUGUCCCUGUUUCCCCCUCUGUUCAACCCCCCGCCCCCAUUCGUAUGCCUAGCAGUAAGCUUCCCAGGGGCCGUCAUUUGCUCGGUCAUCACAUGUCUUAUGACAUUGAUGCUAGGCUGCACGGUGAGGAGCAACCUCAAUUGGAGGUCACUCCUAUCACUAAAUACGUUUCCGAUCCUGGCCUCAUCCUUGGUCAUCAAAUUGCUGUUAAUAAGACCUAUAUAUGCUAUGGCCUUAAGAUGGGAAACAUUCGUGUUCUUAACAUAAACACUGCGUUGAGGUCUCUGCUACGAGGUCAUACUCAGAGGGUAACAGACAUGGCCUUCUUUGCGGAAGAUGUUCAUCUUCUGGCUAGUGCAAGCAUAGAGGGACGUGUUUAUGUGUGGAAGAUUUCUGAAGGUCCAGAUGAGGAAGAAAAGCCGCAAAUUUCUGGAAAUAUCGUGCUAGCCAUUCAUAUUACUGCAGAUGAAGGAUCUGUUCAUCCGCGCGUUUGCUGGCACUGUCACAAACAAGAAAUACUUGUUGUGGCCAUUGGGAAGAGUGUCCUCAGAAUUGAUACGACCAAAGUUCGAAAGGGGGUUGAAUUUUCUGCAGAGGAGCCUCUUGUUUGUCCGUUGGACAAGCUUAUUGAUGGGGUUCAGCUUGUAGGUAAACAUGAAGGGGAGGUUACCGAUUUAUCGAUGUGCCAAUGGAUGACGACCCGUUUGGUUUCAGCUUCAAAAGAUGGAACUAUUAAGAUUUGGGAAGAUCGCAAGACACAACCACUUCUAGUAUUGAGGCCUCAUGAUGGUCAUCCUGUUGAUGCGGCCAAGUUUUUGGCUGCCCCACAUCGACCAGAUCAUAUCAUGCUUAUCACAGCUGGACCACUUAAUCGACAGUUGAAGCUCUGGGCUUCAUCUGAUGAAGAAGGAUGGUUGCUGCCUAGUGAUGCUGAAUCUUGGCGGUGCAUACAGACACUGGAGUUGAAGAGUUCGGCGGAACCUCGAAACGAGGAAGCAUUUUUCAAUCAGGUCGUUGCAUUGUCUCAAGGGGGGCUUCUUUUACUUGCAAAUGCUAAGAAGAAUGCUAUCUAUGCAAUUCACUUAGAAUAUGGUGCUAACCCAGCAGCAACCCGCAUGGAUUAUCUAGCAGAGUUUACUGUUACUAUGCCUAUCCUGAGCUUUACUGGGACAAGUGAUGUCUUACCUCAUGGGGAACAUCUAGUUCAAGUUUAUUGCGUCCAGACACAAGCCAUACAGCAGUAUGCUUUGGACAUCUCCCAGUGCUUGCCUCCACCAUUGGAGAACUUGAGUUUGGAAAAAUCGGAGUCCACUGUUUCUCGUGAUGCAUCUGAAUGCGUUCCUGCAAUAGAGCCAUCUGGAAGCAAAUCUUUUGAGGUUCCCUUAUCUGCAGCCAAACCAAGUAACCUCAUCAGCGGCCUUGGGAGCUCAUCUGAGAUUAAGGGUCCUGUGAGCACUGCUGCUGAUGUAACCUCCAUUCAGGAAAUUACUACUUCAAAUGUGGAUUCUAAUCCUACUUCAUUGCUAUCGGCAUCAAGCAAUGCUGAAGUUGCCCCUGUUGCAUCCCCUUCUCUUCCUCUUAGUCCAAGGUUGUCUAAAAAGCUCAGUGAUCUCCAUGGUGAUCUAGCAGUUACUGAUUAUCCUCUUGAUAGGCAGAUGGAUAGUGCGCAUACAAGCUCAUCUGCUUUGUCUGCGUCAAAUGAUGAUAGCAGAACUGUACAAGGAAAUGCCUCCGACAUUGCCAAUCCGGCUGUCAUGUUCAAACACCCAACUCAUCUUGUUACUCCCUUUGAGAUCAUGGCUACAUCAUCAGCUGAUGCUACCCGUGUUUCUGAGAAAGGUGAAAAUGAGGCCAAAAUUCAGGAUGUAGUUGUGACUAAUGAUGCAGCAAAUGCUGAGGUAGAGGUCAAAGUUGUGGGUGAAACUGGAUUUGCUAAUCCUAACGAGUCUACUCGCACAGUAGAUCCUCAAAUUAUAACAGAAAGAAAGGAGAAGUCCUUUUUUUCUCAGGCAUCAGAUCUUGGGGCUGAUAUGAGUCGAGAGUGUUGUGCAUUGCCAUCUGAAUCAUCUAUCAUGGAAGAAGCUAGAAAUAGCAUAAUGGAGGCUCUAGCGCAACCUUCAAAUUCUGGUGAGGAGGAAGGAGAUGAAGCCGACAAUGAUAUAUCUGGAAAGCCUGCAGACUUUGCUGUAUCAACGACAGUACCACAGUCUCCUUCACCGGGUGCCAAAGGGAAAAAGCAGAAAGGGAAGAAUCCUCAAGCAUCCGGUUCAUUAUCUCCUUCGCAGAGUGUUUCAAAUGCAGCGGAAUUGUUGCAAGGGGCUGUUACGGGUUCAAGUGUGGCAUUCAUGGAGUCUUCUUCACAGAUGCUGGCUGUGCAUGAAACACUAAAUCAGAUAUUAUCAACACAGAAGGAAAUGCAGAAGCAGAUGAGUACAGUAGUUUCCGCACCGGUUACCAAAGAGGGUAGAAGGCUAGAGGCAGCUUUAGGACGGAGCAUAGAGAAGGCUUCAAAGGCGAAUACUGAUGCUUUAUGGGCUCGUAUACAGGAGGAGAUCACUAAACUUGAUAAGUCGUUACGGGACCGUAUGCUGCAGAUACCUGGACAUAUAACUAAUAUUGUGAACAAGGACUUGCCUGCUGUAGUUGAGAGAACGUUAAAGAAAGAAUUGGCUGCUGUUGGCACCAGUGUAGCUCGCACUAUAACUCCCGCUAUUGAGAAAACUAUAUCUUCAGCUAUCACAGAGUCUUUUCAGAGAGGAGUUGGUGACAAGGCAGUCAGUCAACUGGAGAAGUCGAUAUCUUCAAAACUUGAAGUAACUGUGGCUAGGCACAUUCAAGCUCAGUUUCAGACUUCUGGGAAACAAGCUCUUCAGGAUGGAUUGAGGUCUUGCUUGGAGUCUUCUAUCAUCCCUGCUUUUGAGAUGUCCUGCAAAGCAAUGUUUGAGCAAGUUGAUUCUGCAUUCCAGAAGGGAAUGGCUGAACAUACAACAGCAGCACAGCAUCAAAUGGAAUCAACAAAUUCUCAGUUAGCUCUUACCCUGAGGGAUGCUCUGAAUUCAGCAUCAUCAUUGACUCAAACCUUGAAUGGAGAAUUGGCUGAUAAUCAGCGGAAGCUGUUAGCUCUCGCAGCUGCUGGUGCAAACUCGAAAGCGGGAAAUCCCUUGAUCACCCAAUUGAGUAACGGACCUUUGGGAGGUCUACAUGAGAAAGUUGAGCAGCCAUUUGAUCCAACUAAGGAGCUAUCGAGACUAAUCUCUGAACACAAGUAUGAGGAGGCAUUUACUUCGGCGUUGCAAAGAAGUGAUGUAUCCAUCGUCUCUUGGCUCUGUUCGCAGGUUGACCUGCAGCGUCUUUUGUCGACAAUGCCUUUGCCUUUGAGUCAAGGCGUCCUACUCUCUCUUUUGCAGCAGCUUGCUUGUGACAUAACCAAGGAUACAGCUAGAAAGUUGCCAUGGAUGACAGAUGUUGCUGCAUGCAUAAUUCCACAUGACCCAAUGAUUGCAGUGCAUGUGCGUCCGAUUUUGGAACAGGUUUACCAGAUCUUGAACCAUCAACGUAGCCUUCCUACCACCUCUUCCUCAGAGCUAUCGAGCAUCCGUGUUGUCAUGCAUGUCAUCAACUCCAUGUUGAUGACCUGUAAAUGAUCCAUGGAGUUGUUCCUCUUGUUUUCAAGCUAUCCUGUUGAUUUUGACUCUGAAGGUGGAUAUUAUGUAUAGUUGAAUCUUUUUAGUUUCUUUCUGUUGUUUGGGGUUGGUAACUUGGAAACUGGAAUGAUGUAUGUCUCGGUUGAGUAGAUUUUUCUUUUUCUUUUCUUUUUUCUUUUUACACAUGCUAUGAAAGGAUGAACUUGUUUA